AUGGAUACAAUUCAAGAAGUUGAACCAAGCAGUGGAGAAGGGCUUUUGAUGGUUGAAGUGAGACCUGAGAAAAUUAAAAGGGAUGGAAUUACAAUUCCUCCAUUACAAGUUUUGGGUCAUGUUAAGAUCAAUGUUGAACCUGAAACUCCGGUCUCAACCCUGAAAAACGCAUUCGGAAGCUCAAAAUCUGAGUUGUCUUACAGUAAGAGCGAAUUGAAGAAAGCAGAGGAGACACUGAAACAGGCUUUUGUUCAAUUCCACCAAAAGCUUCGCUUCCUCAAAAGCUACAGUUUCUUGAAUGUCUUGGCUUUCUCUAAGAUCAUGAAGAAGUAUGAUAAGGUGACAUCAAGGAAGGCAUCUAAAGCUUAUAUGAAAAUGGUAGAGAACUCUCAUCUUGGCAACUGUGAUGAGAUCACUAAGAUGGCAGAAAGAGUGGAGGCCACCGUAAUAAAGCAUUUCUCAAAUGGAAAUCGAAGCGAAGGAAUGAAACUUCUGAGGCCAGAAACCAAAAGAGAGAAGCAUAGAGUGACAUUUUUCUUAGGGCUGUUAUGUGGCUGCUCAAUAGCACUGGUGGCGGCCGUCCUUGUUUCGAUCCAUGCAAGAAAGCUUCUUCGGAAUGCAGAAGGCCGUGAUCAAUACAUGAGAACCAUAUUCCCACUUUAUAGUUUGUUUGGCUUCAUAGUCCUACACUUGACCUUAUACUCCGGAAACAUAUACCUGUGGAGGCAUUUCCGGGUUAACUAUCCCUUCAUAUUCGGGUUUAAAGAAGGAAAAGGAUCCAUGGGUUACAGGGAAGUUCUCCUUGUGGCUUCUGGCCUUACAAUGCUUACAUUGGCUGCUGUGCUUUCAAACCUGGAUAUGGAGAUGGAUCCUAAAACAAAAGGCUACCAGACACUAACCGAGUUGGUUCCAUUAGCCCUUGUAACUGUGGUUCUUCUUAUAUUGUUUUGUCCUUUCAACAUAAUCUACCGUUCAAGUCGAUUCUUUCUCCUCCAAAGUGCAUGGCAUUGUCUAUGUGCUCCUCUUUAUAAGGUUACCCUUCCAGACUUCUUCUUGGCGGAUCAGCUAACUAGCCAGAUUCAAGCUUUCAGGUGUCUGGAAUUCUAUGUUUGUUAUUAUGGUUGGGGUGACUUCAAAAGGAGAUCAAACCAGUGUGAAAAAAGUAGAAUCUACGAGAUUUUCUAUAUUGUCGUCGCAGUUAUUCCCUUCUGGGUUCGCGUUGUUCAGUGCCUAAGACGGUGGGGUGAGGAGGGCGAUAACUUCCAACUGCUCAACGGCGUCAAAUACAUGUCAACCAUUGUUGCUGUGGUUGCGAGGACGAUUUUUGGUCUCAGAAAAGGAGUCACUUGGAGAAUCAUAGCUGCAGCAACCUCAGGAUUCACCACGGUAUUCAGCACUUACUGGGACAUAGUUAUGGAUUGGGGUCUGCUGAGGAGAAAUUCCAAGAACCCCUGGCUGAGAGACAAACUUUUAGUAUCAAACAAAAAAGUCUACUUUGUAGCCAUGGUAGUGAAUAUCUUGCUGAGACUUGUAUGGAUGCAGUUGAUUUUCGAUAUUCAAGCGCCAUUUCUCCACAGGAGAGCCAUGAUUGCUUUAGUUGCCUGCCUGGAAAUCCUUCGUCGUGGCAUUUGGAACUUCUUCAGAUUGGAGAAUGAGCACCUGAAUAACGUUGAAAAGUACCGGGCUUUCAAGUCCGUACCAUUGCCAUUUUACUAUGAUGAGGACAAGAACCUAGAAGAGAAGAAUGAAAUUGCAAACAACCAUCAAGGCUAUUCAACUUUCAAUAAUAAUAUUCUACCAAAAACUAAGAGACAUGAGAAGAGGUUGGCAUUGCAUACAGGUCACAAGGUUCGCUGGCUCAUCGUUCAGCCAACAAAAAUGGCGAAAAGAAUGAAGUUCGGAAAGGAGUUUGCUUCCCAGAUGGUACAAGAAUGGCAGGCAGCUUACAUGGAUUUUAAUUACCUCAAAACUUUGUUAAAAGAUGUAUUGAAUUUUCGACGUAUAAACAACAUUUCUUCAUCAGGGUCGAGUUCAGAGUCUCAAAAAUCAAACCAGUUGAAGAGAAGGCUGUCUUUGUACAGAACAUUUAGUGGGCUGACACGCCUCAGCUGGAAAGGCGGCGGCGGCGGUUCUCCAAACAACAAGGAGGAUGAAGUGAUACUUGUGAGUGAAGUUCAGCAAUCGGCCGACGCCGCCGGAGAAUCAGAUGGGUUCUACCAAACCAUGUUUCUUAUGUCCUCGGAUGAAACAGGGGAGCUUGAGCUUGUGUUCUUCAGGAAAUUGGAUGAAGAGUUCAACAAAGUGGUCAAAUUCUACAGGGAAAAAGUGAGUGAAGUGAAGGCUGAAGCAGAGGAAUUGAGUAAGCAGAUGGAUGCUCUCAUUGCUCUCAGAAUCAAAGUUGAUUAUCCAUUGAUGGAGUUCAUCAAGACGGAUUCUUCCAGGAAUCAUGGAACAAUUCCAUCUCAGGUUCAAUCAGCUGCAUCAUCUUCAGAUGGGAUUAGAAGAGGAAAAUCACGAAUGGAUACAAUUCAAGAAGUUGAACCAAGCAGUGGAGAAGGGCUUUUGAUGGUUGAAGUGAGACCUGAGAAAAUUAAAAAGGAUGGAAUUACAAUUCCUCCAUUACAAGUUUUGGGUCAUGUUAAGAUCAAUGUUGAACCCGAAACUCCGGUCUCAACCCUGAAAAACGCAUUCGGAAGCUCAAAAUCUGAGUUGUCUUACAGUAAGAGCGAAUUGAAGAAAGCAGAGGAGACACUGAAACAGGCUUUUGUUCAAUUCCACCAAAAGCUUCGGUUCCUCAAAAGCUACAGUUCCUUGAAUGUCUUGGCUUUCUCUAAGAUCAUGAAGAAGUAUGAUAAGGUGACAUCUAGAAAGGCAACUAAGGCUUAUAUGGAAAUGGUAGAGAACUCAUCUCUUGGCAACUGUGAUGAGAUCACUAAGAUGGCAGAAAGAGUGGAGGCUACUGUGGUAAAGCAUUUCUCAAAUGGAAAUCGAAACGAAGGAAUGAAACUGUUGAGGCCAGAAACCAAAAAAGAGAAGCAUAGUGUGACAUUUUUCUUAGGAAAAAGAUCCAUGGGAUAUAGGGAAGUCCUCCUUGUGGCUUCUGGCCUUACGGUACUUACAUUGGCUGCUGUUCUAUCGAACUUGGGCAUGGAGAUGGAUCCUAGAACAAAAAGGCAUCAGACAUUGACUGAAUUGGUCCCAUUAGCCCUUGUAAUGGUUCAAGCUUUCAUGUGUCUGGAAUACUAUAUAUGUUACUAUGGUUGGGGUGACUUCAGAAAGAGAUUAAACACUUGCCAAUACAGUCGAGUUUAUGAUAUUUUUGACAUCCUCGUCGCAGUUAUCCCCUUCUGGGUUCGCGUUCUUCAGUGCCUGCGGCGGUGGUUUGAGGAAGGAGAUAACCACCAAUUGUAUAACGGCCUCAAAUAUAUGUCAACCAUUGUUGCUGUUGUUAUGAGGACGAUUUAUAGUCUCAGAAAAGGAGCCAUUUGGAGAAUUAUGGCAGCAGCUAGCUCUGGAUUUACGACAGUAUAUAGCACUUACUGGGACAUAGUUAUGGACUGGGGUCUAUUGAGAAGAAGCUCCAAGAACCCCUGGCUGAGAGAUAAGCUCUUAGUACCUAACAAGAAAGUAGUGAAUAUCUUGCUGAGACUUGUAUGGAUGCAAUUAAUUUUCGAUAUUCAAGCGCCAUUUCUCCACAGGAAAGCCAUGAUUGCUUUGGUUGCCUGCCUGGAAAUCAUUCGCCGAGGCAUUUGGAACUUCUUCAGAUUGGAGAACGAGCACCUGAAUAACGUCGGCAAGUACCGAGCUUUCAGGUCCGUACCAUUACCGUUUUACUAUGAUGAGGACAAGAAUAUGUGAUUGCAGGCCAAAAGAGUAAAGCAGAUGAAAAAGAUGGAACAUGGAUAUAUGUCACUCCAUUCCCCCAACCACAAGGUUCCACAAUCGACCAACAAUGGAAAAACAACUUAAAAAGGAAAAUUUUCAAUUUUUGAUAAACACAAGUAACAU